GCGAGUAAGUACUCAGACCCGGUGAACUCGAUGCCGGUCAAGUGUAUUCCGGAAGACGAUCCUGUGAACGCAUUGAUCGGCGGAGUGAAUUGAAACCGAAUUGCUCUCCGAAGAUCAAGCUUCCAAGAACGAUCGAUAGCUUUGAGAAUGAUUGGAGUUUUCCUGCCCCGUGGGGGCUGGCCGCUGGUAUCCUCCUUCCGAUGAUUGCUGCGAGACGCGGGGCUUUCACGGCGCCAUCUCAAGCCGGAGAUGUAACGGUCGAAUCCCGAUGGAAUCAUACGAUAAAUGAAGCCGCGAUUCCUUCCAGGAUCCCGAAGAAGAUGUCUGACGAGAUCAGAGAAGCGGUACCCUGCGACUUCACGAAAUUUCGCUUCAAGAGAAUCCUGAAUGACGAUGCUCAUGCGAAAGUCGUCUACAUUGAGGGCCUGUUCGAAGGCGAUGAUCCGGCAGUGGUGAUACUCGAGAAGGUUCCUUUCGAGGAGCAGCAGUGUGCGGAAAUUCUGACUGAGUCUGGUGCUGGGAGCCAUGCGGAAACCUUCAGAAACGACAUCUAUUCCGGGUACAGAAUCCAGCCCGAGAAAAAGCUCAAUGAGAUCAAAGCCACGGUUAUAUACCCGGCAACGCCGAAACACAUCGAGAAAUACAGUAGACAGGAGUUCCACUACGUCAGAGAGACGGCGGAUAUUUACCGCGAGAAAGUCGCACCUUUCCUAGAGAAGAAUAGUUUCUCACUCCAAUGGGUCUACAACGUAUUAGACCGGAAGAAAGAGGAGGAAAAUAUUUUGUUCGAGGACAAGGACGAGAAACUGGGAUUCAUGCUCUGCAAGGACAUGAAGUGGGACAUGAAGUCGAAUGCAGAUCUCCACGCGUUGGUCAUAGCUCAUGACCGGACCCUGCAUUCGAUCCGAGAUCUCCGGCGGGAACAUAUCCCCCUCCUCGAAAAUAUCCGAGAAAAAUCGAUCACGCUCAUCGAGGAAAAAUUCGGAUUGGGCGAGGACAAACUCCUCAUGUACUUCCACUAUCCGCCAUCGUAUUAUCAGCUCCAUGUUCAUAUUGUUGCUCUCACAUUCGAGAACCCCCCAGGUGGAGGUUGUCAGAGAGGGCACCUGCUGGACACCGUGAAAUCAAACCUGGAGAUUUGUUCCGAUUUCUACGAUAGAGCAACCUUAUCCUACACUGUGCGCCACAGUGACCCUUUGCGCGAUGUCUUCUUCCCCGAGAAAACAGAUGACGAAAAGUCUAUAAUCGAUCCAACGCGGCAAUGCUAGGAUGUUAUCAGGUGGUCUACCUCCGAGUAUCGCCCUCAACGAGCUCGCGCUCCUGAGUGGCUUGAAAUUGUACACAAUUUCAAUUGUAUACAAGUGUACCUAUUGAAAUUUCUCUGUCCAUCUGGCUUAGUCCCCAAGAAUAAAUUGGAAUUUGAUCGAU